AUGGCUACUACGACUCACCCGUUCCCAUUGCCAACAUAUGCCAACCCUGGCUAUGACGGCACCAAGGGAGGAGACAUUGGCAACGGAGGCGACAGUUCCACGAGCUCCAUGGGCAUUUCGACCGGCGGCUUAGUUGCUAUUGUUGUCAUCGUCUUUGUUGUCGCUAUAAUCGGAGUCUGCACCGCGAUCCUGUUCUUCAUUGCUAAGAAACGCGAGUGGAAAGCAAGUGAAGUGCUCAGACAUUCCGUCAAGAAAGUUGUCGCUGCCAUCACGCCCAGACGAACAGAAUUCCCAAACUCGGUGAAACGAUCAAUGAAAACAUCGAAACGAGACAGGAGCACUUUGAGCGACGAUGAUGUCCCCCCUACACCUCGGCUUCGUCCAGAAGACCUGGAAAAGGGACGUGUGUCAGGCAAAGUACAAAGCAAGUGUCCAAAGUAG